UCGCUGCCGCCUGUUGUACCUCCUCCUCAUCAUCCUGUCUGCCCUCGCUUUUCAGUCAGUGCCAUCGUUGCGGUGGAACCGGCAGACAUUGACGGGGACAUGGUCCAGGAACCCGCAGCCAGGAGCGCCAAGUGGUGAUCGUUAGCGGUUCUCGCGACUCGCCAAGCGGAGGGCACAGAGUGGCGACGGUGUUUCUCGUGGUGACGCGUACGAUGCGCCGCAGGGUGUGAAAAAGGCUACGUUGCGUCACGCCCAGGAACAUCUAUGGGCCGUAAACGGUGGUGGCAAGGAGGCUUGGUGGAGCUGCUGGUGCUCUGUACCCUCCAUCACGCUGUUCUGGCUGACGGCAACGUCGGAUGUCUAUUCAGCGAGGAUAUAUGCGAUCCUCAGACGGAAAAGUGCUUUGACGAUCUGGCAUUCGGAAAAUGUAUACCUCGUUACACGAAUUUAGAAAAUGACGAUUUAUAUCAAUAUAAUCUUAAUGACGGUGAACUGGAGCUGCUACAAUCGGUGAGACUACAAUUAAUGAGACUGGAAUCUGAUGGAUACAAAUGGAAACAUCCUUUUACACAAUGCAUUGUGCAAACCUUGUUGCAUAAUCUCCGAUAUGGACAAAAUAAUCUUCGUGAUUUUCGUCUCUGCGAAUAUUUGAAAAAACCGAACCUCAAUGAACAAGAUGAACUUAUUGAUGAGAUAAUUCCAGCGAUUGCCAUACUAAGAAUAUCUGCGGACAACGAGAAUCCUGAGAACAAUUUAGCCGAUAUUCUGUAUCAUCCCCAAGACAUUAAAGACAAUUCUGAAUAUAUGAAAUGGCGUAGUGAAAGCAAUCGAGCUUCAAUUAACAAGGAGAAAUUCGACAAUGAAUAUGGAAAAUCACUGAACGAUGUGCGCAAGCAAUUUUAUCCGCCCAGAACACGUCGGUUCAGCUUCAUUGACGAUUAUAAAAACGACGUUACCGAAUCGCUCGCAGAUACUUUGAAAGACAAGACAUUGUCCGAGGAUGAUGAAACUAUUUAUGACACUCAAUUUUUGUCUGCUGAGGACUUGGAAUUCUUACGGAACGAAAAAUUGCCAGAUUAUACACUGUUAGAGCCUUCCUCCGAUGACGAGACAAAUGAGAGAGAAUACGAAAGAGCAUUCUCCAGAAAGUAUAAGCAUCGGAAGAAACCAUUACGUCUCGAAUUUUCCGAUGUUGAUGCAAAAAGGACGGUGACGAAACUUAAUGAGGAUCUCAACCAUGAAAAUGGCGAAAUCGAUGAAGAUAAGUCAGAAAUCGAGAGACCCGACGAGGGUACCGAGAAAAUACGUGAGAUGUAUACCGAGGGAGGAGUCGUCCGACCGACUAUAUAUAAAAUUAAAUCCGAUACGAGUGGAACUGUAUACGACGAGAUGUACGACGACGAUGACGAUGACUUGGACGCGCUUUUGUGGAGACGAGAGUUGGCUGGCUUUAAGCGCAGGGAACGCUUGGACGUUAAAAAGCCUGGACCGCUGUUUUCGACAAAUAAUUAUGCAUUUAAAACCCAAUCUGCAGCUAGUAAAACCCUCCUUGACAAAGAUUACUCCGAGAUGGACAAUCAAGACAAUAACCAAAUAUAUGCACCAUUGACUAAGAAGGAAUUACGCGGUAAUAAGAAUAAAAUGAACGAUGAUCAGCCAGAAACUUACGAGAAUGUCGAUUUAGAUCACGUCUACAUCGAGUUUGAGCAACCAUUUCAUAACUGGAGUGAAGGAGCACACGUGGUUACUAAGGUAGAAAAAUUCUUGGGAUUGCCUCUCGGAACAUUAAGAGGUACACGAGUGGGUCGUGCGGAAGUAACGUUCAAAGUUGUUCCAAAUGACAAAAACUACAAUGCAACCGAUGUUGCUAACAGCAUCGAUAACAUACGUGGUAAAUUACAAGAUGCUCUAGGAAUCAAAGUUAUUCGAGCGGGUAUAGGCGAUAAGGCUAAAUUACCAGCUACUUUGGAGGUAGCCAGAGAUAGUGAGAUGAGUUCCAGUUUCUUCGGUGCGUUAGUAGCUGCUGGAGUUGCAGCUGCGGUCGCAGCCGCAAUAGUUACCCUGAUAAUUGCGCGUCGCCAUGCUAAAUAUCGAGCGAAGCUUGCCGGACUGACCACUCCGGAUCCAGAAGCAUCGAAAGACUAUCAAGAUUUAUGUAGAGCACGAAUGCACGCGAAACAACCGAGCGAGAAAUUGGAGUCACCACGUAUUACAAGUUUGUCGCGCGAAAACGAAUUCAAUAAUUUGCCCUCCAAUCGUUCCAGCACAUCCUCUUGGGGCGAGGAACCUACUCUCUCCAAUAUGGAUAUCUCGACCGGUCAUAUGGUUCUCAGUUAUAUGGAGGAUCAUUUGAAAAACAAAGAUCGUUUGGAUCAAGAAUGGGCGGCAUUGUGUGCUUAUGAAGCCGAACCAUCAUCUACGGAGAUAGCGGAGAGUGAGGCAAACGUCAAGCAGAAUCGUCCCAACGCGGCACUUCCCUACGAUCAUUCUCGAGUAGUCCUGAACGAUCUUGCAAACGCCAAUAAUUCUGACUACAUAAACGCUUCCACGAUCAAGUCGACGGAUCACGACCCUCGAAAUCCGGCUUAUAUAGCCACACAAGGACCGUUACCGCAGACCACAGCUGAUUUCUGGCAAUUGGUUUGGGAGCAAGGCAGCGUGGUGAUUGUGAUGUUAACGCGACUUACCGAAGAAGGCCAUGCCAUGUGCCAUCGUUACUGGCCCGAGGAAGGAUCGGAGCUCUAUCACAUCUACGAAGUACAUCUCGUGUCGGAGCACUUUUGGUGUGAUGAUUAUCUAGUGCGCUCUUUCUAUCUGAAAAAUUUGCGCACUUGUGAGACCCGUACUGUUACGCAAUUUCACUUUCUCUCCUGGCCGGAGAACAGCGUCCCGUAUUCUACAAAGGCUCUGCUCGAGUUUCGUAGGAAAGUUAAUAAAUCAUACCGCGGAAGAUCAUGUCCGAUAGUCGUGCAUUGCAGUGAUGGAGCUGGGCGAACCGGUACUUACUGUUUGAUCGACAUGGUCUUAAACCGUAUGACGAAAGGAGCGAAAGAAAUCGAUAUCGCCGCUACUCUCGAGCAUAUUAGAGAUCAAAGACCCGACAUGGUUGCCACGAAACAACAAUUUGAAUUUGUCUUGAUGGCAGUGGCAGAAGAGGUACAUGCGAUUCUUAAGGCUUUACCUGUAUCUAGUGAGAAAUCCGUUACGGCUGCCGGUUCUUCGCCACCCACGAAAUCGGAGCAAUGAAGCUAAAAUUACGGCGUAAAUUUAACCUUAAAUGGUAUACAAUUGGUCCGUUGACUCUUUUUUUUUAGAUUUCUAAUAGAUUUAGUCAAAAUUUUGUUACUUUUUUAUGUUUGUUUAUAUAUUUUAUGAAAAAUUCAAAAGAUUUAAUUUAAUUAUUUUCCAAAGCUAUUUUUCGUGAUUUAUCAUUUUUUAUUUGUUAUAAUGUAUAAAAAAUCUAAUUUUGUUUGCUCAUAUCUGUAUAAUUGUAUCAACUAUUUUUAUACUCUUUAGGGUUAAAUUAAUCGUAAUUGAGAUGCAAACGAGAGUAAAAGAUAUCUAUUCUAUUGAUUUCGAUGUGUCAUGAAAAUGCUAAAUACUUUUACUAGCUGUUUACUACGAUAUAACUUACUGAAGCAAAGUGAAUCAAUCGGUUUCUUUCAUUGGAAUUUUCUACACGCUCUCUUUCCCGAUUAACGCACUUUCGCGUGAUUAUAGUUUUAGAGUGCACCAAUUAUCACGAGCUUUUUCUUUCGUAUUCUAAUUGUAUUUUCCCAAAAUGCAAAAAAAAUCGAUUUAAAUUCCUAUAAUGAGAAAUAUGUAAUGGCAUAAUCAGAGAAAAGUAUUAAUUUAUAAUAAGUACAUUUUUUAUUUAAGUAAGAUAUGUUUAAAGAGAGGAAUAAUAAACGAUACGCAUGUUAAGACUAACUUUAAUUAUGUAUGUGAACGUGCAUGAUACUUAAGCUUUUUUUUUACUGCUAUGUUCUGUAAGAUAACACUGUUUUAUUACAUCGACUAAUCGUAUAACAUCCCCUUCCGCUCAUGCAAACGCGGCCUAUUUCAAGGGUCAAGUACUUGUAGACAACAAACAGAUGGACAUGGUUAUGUGAUACUCGAGGCAUGUGCAAUGUAUCAAUAAUUGAAUGAUUAUUACACUGUGCGAUCGAUCGGUGAAACAAUGGAACAUUUUAUACUAGUAGAGUCUAAUUAGUACUUUGAUUUUUUGUCAUUAAACGCGGUCGUUUGAGAUCAGAAUUUUAUUUGUUUGAUAUAAGGAUUAUAUUCAAUAUUCUUAUGGACUGACGAUCAGAUUGGCUGCGUUUAACAUUAAAUAUGCGAUUGUGAAUACGGGUCGGAAUUUUUAUUGUCUGUAAACAAAAUGUAUUGUUUUUCGUAAAGUAGUUAUGGAAUAUUUAUAUAUAUAAAAAUCUUUCCAUUGAAAAUUGUAGAUUUUAAUACUUUGGAAAUAUACAUAUUUUUCACACACACACACGCACACGCACACGCACGCACACACACGCACACACACACACACACACACGUUCAAAUUGAAUCAUAAUUAUUUAAAUUUAUUUAUAAUGUUAAACACUUUCGCGAAAAACAAUACAUUUCUAUUGUAUUGUAAAACAUUUGCAAAAAGAUAAGAUUUUCUUACGUAUACGUAAAUUAUGUACACUGAUUGAAUUACAUUAACUUUUACGCGCGUGUCCUCCAAUAAACGUGCUUUAAAAUAGCUUUAAAGGAAUGAAUGAAUUUUUCUCGAAUUCAAUGAAUAAUAAUUAGCGUAAACCAAUCAGCUAAGUCAAUUGCACGAUACCAAAAUACGUAUAUUAUAAAAUGUGAGCAUAAAAUUUAUUUUAGUGAAGCGCGUCAUGUACAAUUUCAAAACAGCCGCACUUCCUAUCUUUUUUAUUUCUUUUGUAAAAAAUUUUUAAUAUCCUAUAUAUUUAUUUUAUAAACAAAUUGAAUUUAUACGUAACAAUAUGAAAUAAAAAAUUUUAUUACACUUUAUAAAAUUAUACAGGUAUAUAUAUAUUUUUUUUUUCAAGUACGCGAAUGAUCGAUCGAACAGCCGCAAACUAUUAAUUUACAAAAAGACAAAAAGCGUGCGUUUGUAGUAAGAAAUGGUCUGGUCUAGAGACCCUCUAAUAAGAGUCGCGAUACAAGAGGAGAAUCAUUUUUGAUUGGUCCAAAAUAUUUGAUCGAGAGAUGUGAAUAUAGACAGAGGUAUAUUAAACAGAGAGAAAUACAUUUUUCUGUCUAAUGUAUUUCUCUUUCUGUCUUGAAGAUUGACCAUACGAUUACUCAGACUACAAAAAUCGGCUCGUGUCACUCUUAUUAGAGGGUCUCUAGUCUGGUCAAUCGUUAAUCAUUGUUUUAUUUUUCAGAAUUACUACAGAAUCGGUAAUAUGAUUUGAUAUUUUUAAGUAUUGUGUGUGGGUGCGAUCGUUUUGCUGAGAAAUUAUAUAAAUUGAUGAACAUGAUGUUAAAUGGUGCAGAAUACAUACGUAAGUGUAUAUGCUGAUAGGCAUAUUAUAUAUUUUAUUACUGUUUGGCGAUUAAAUUCGCAUCAGAAUUUUUGACAUUUUAUUAGUUAUAUUAUUUUUUGCGAAUGUAUUAUAAACUGCAUAUUUGUAACAUCUACUUAAUUUAUUGAAAAAUAUGAAUUUUAAGAAGCAAAAA